GAGUUACCUCCCAGUUGGAUGACAUGACUGACUCCAGCCUUCCUCAGCCGGACAAGUGCGAUAUCAGCAUCGCACUGCCGCAUUUCAUUCAAUUAGCCCAGCAUGAUUAUUACCAAACAAAACAGGCGUGCCAUCUACGAGAACCUCUUCAAGGAGGGUGUCCUGGUCGCCAAGAAAGAUUACAACGCGCCGAAGCAUGAAGAGCUUGAUGUCCCUAACCUCGAGGUUAUCAAGGCCAUGCAGAGCCUGACCUCCAGGGGCUUCGUUAAGACCCAAUUCUCGUGGCAGUGGUAUUACUACGUUUUGACCCCUGAAGGCGUUGAAUAUCUCAGGGAGUGGCUACACCUCCCCAACGAGAUCGUUCCUUCGACUCACAAGCGCGCCGCUCGCCCACCACGCCCAGCAACUGUGCGCCCUGGCGGUGGCGAUGGUGCCUACCGCGCACCUCGCGGUGACCGCGACGAUUACCGGAAGAAGGAGGGUGGUGCGCCCGGCGAUUACAGGCCAUCAUUUGCAGGUGUUGGUCGGGGCGCACCUAGAGAGUAGGCGGUUGGUUGGUGUGAGGCGCUAUAAGUUCGGUCAGAGUGCUAAUACUUGCAUCCCUGGGUGAUCGCAAAAUUUUGUAUGA